AUGGCUGCUGUUAAUUUUACUUUAGUUACCGAGUUUGUCCUUUUGGGACUGACAGAACGUGGUGAACUGAGAGUCAUCUUCUUUGUGUUGUUCUUGCUGAUCUAUGCCAUUUCUUUGGUGGGGAAUCUAGGAAUGGUCUUUCUAAUCCAAGUAACUCCCAAACUCCAAACACCCAUGUAUCAUUUCCUCAGCUGCCUGUCAUUUGUGGAUGCUUGCUAUUCGUCAGUCUUUGCACCUAAAAUGUUGCUGAACUUCUUUGUGGAACGGGAGACCAUCUCAUUCUCUGCAUGCAUUGUGCAAUAUUUUUUAUUCGUGUCACUUCUUACCACUGAGGGCUUCUUGCUGGCAGCAAUGGCUUAUGACCGCUAUAUGGCCAUUGUGAACCCUUUACUUUAUAAAGUGGCAAUGACUAAAAUGUUUUGUAUUGUCCUGGUCAUCGGGUCUUGUGUAGGAGGCUUAAUCAACUCAUUGACACACACCAUUGGCUUGGUGAAACUCUCCUUCUGUGGACCAAAUGUCAUCAGCCACUUCUUCUGUGACCUUCCCCCACUGUUGAGGCUGGCGUGUUCUGACACAUCCAUGAAUGAAUUGCUGCUUUUAAUCUUCUCUGGCAUUAUUGCCAUGCUCACUUUCUUGACUGUGAUCAUCUCCUACAUCUUCAUCGUGGCUGCUAUCCUGCAGAUCUCUUCAGCCGCGGGCAGACGCAAAGCCUUCUCCACCUGUGCUUCACAUCUGAUGGCUGUGACUUUAUUCUAUGGUUCAAUAAGCUUUAGUUACAUUCAACCAAGCUCUCAGUAUUCCUUAGAACAAGAAAAGGUGGUAUCUGUGCUUUAUACUCUGGUGAUUCCUAUGUUAAACCCACUAAUUUACAGCCUAAGGAACAAGGAAGUGAAGGAUGCUGUGAAAAAGGCCACAGAAAUGAAAUUUUUUCCUUGUUAA